AUGGCAGCUGGGAGACAUGAGGGAUAUCAGGAUAAUGAAUUCAAGGACCGGGAGUCUGAUUUUGAAUUGUCAAGGGAGGAUUUUGCAUAUUCCAAGGAUAAAUAUGAUAGAAUUGGGAAUGGUAACAGUGAAAACAAUAGAGGUCGAGUUCGUGACUUGAGAGACAGAGCUAGGGUUAGGCAGAAGGAUAUUAAGGAGAGAGACGUGACUAAUGGUGGGUAUCAGUCCUCUUCUAGCAGGAGUGGUUCAGGAAGCAGUGGUAGUGGUGGUGCCCGAGGGCCACAGAGGUGUGGUUUUUCAGUUAGGGCCACAGAUAGGGAGCCAGGUGAGUUGUCCAGUGAGAGUGGGUCUGAUGAUGCUAUUGACUCUGAGUCACAUGCUCAUAAAGAGAGUGAGGUUUUGAAAGCAGUGGAAAACGGGAAUCAGACACCUGUGGAGAAGAAGAGGAAGUUUUCUCCGAUAGUUUGGGAUAGAGAUGAUAAAGCAGCUAGUAACAUAUCAAAAAGUAGGAGCUCCCCUGCAGUGACUGCUCUCCCUCCACCCCCGCCGCUGCCAAAGGCAUACCGCCAGUCACCUAGUGUUAUUCCUGAUGGUGGUGUAGAGAUAUCUCCUGUUAAACGUAGUAAAAACCAGAAUUUGCAGUCUUCUUCACCACUGAAGGGUUCAGUGGUUAAAGGAUCGGUGGGCAAUUCUACGUCUGAGUCUCCAGUAGAGUUGGCUUCCUCGUUGCCAGUGGUUAAAGGUUCAGCUGGCAAAUCUGCAUCUGAGUCUCCAGUAGAGUUAGCUUCCUCACUGAAGGGUUCAGUGGUUAAAGGUUCAGUUGGCAAUUCUGCAUCUGAGUCUCGAGUAGAGUUGGCUUCCUCACUGAAGGGUUCAGUGGUUAAAGGGUCAGUUGGCAAUUCUGCAUGUGAAUCUCCAGUAGAGUUGGCUUCCUCACUGAAAGGUUCAGUGGUUAAAGGGUCAGUUGGCAAUUUUGCAUCUGAACCUCCAGUAGAGUUGGCUUCCUUGCCAGUGGAGGAGCGAUGGGCUAAUGACCAGGAAGCAGAGCACAUAGAAGAUGAAGAUUAUGUUCCAAUGAGGAAUAUAUCGUCUUCACGAUGGGCAGCUGGGAACAAUUCUCCUGUUGAUGAGGGUGAAAUUGUGGAGGAUCAGGAAAUUCCUAAAAGGAGGAAGAAGAUGCCUCAUUUGGAGUCCUUGGAUUCCAGAGUACGGAACAAGUCAUCGACUCCUGAUCCUGGGGAUUUUAAGAGAGAAGGAUCUGAUGCAGCUAGAGGUAGGUCUUCUGAAUCUGAUGAACGAGGCACCCGUGCUGGUUCUUUGAGUGGGGAUGAUUAUCCUGGUAAUGAUUUUGGGAGGGAGGACUACAUGGAGAUUGAUGAGGAACACAAUAGCAAUGAUUCUGAUACAGAUCCCGAGGAUGAAGAUGAUUCUCAUGAUACACCAGAACCUGCUGGUACCCCCCAAAGAAUUGUAAACAUGCUUCAGGGGUGUAGAAGUGUUGACGAGUUUGAGAGACUGAAUAAAAUAGAUGAAGGCACUUACGGUGUUGUAUAUAGAGCCAGAGACAAGAAGACUGGGGAAAUUGUAGCAUUGAAGAAGGUAAAGAUGGAGAAAGAACGGGAAGGUUUUCCACUGACUUCUCUGAGGGAAAUAAAUAUUCUUCUUUCUUUUCAUCACCCUUCAAUUGUUGAUGUUAAAGAAGUUGUGGUAGGGAGUAACCUUGAUAGCAUUUUUAUGGUGAUGGAAUACAUGGAGCAUGAUCUCAAAGGACUCAUGGAGUCGAUGAGACAGCCAUUUAGUCAGAGUGAGGUUAAAUGCUUAAUGCUUCAGUUGUUGGAGGGUACGAAGUAUCUUCAUGAUAAUUGGGUGCUUCAUCGAGAUCUGAAGACAUCAAAUCUGCUUUUGAACAAUCGCGGUGAGUUGAAGAUCUGUGACUUUGGGUUGGCUCGUCAAUAUGGGAGCCCAUUGAAACCGUAUACUCAUUUGGUGGUUACUCUGUGGUACAGGGCGCCAGAACUACUUUUGGGAGCCAAGCAAUAUUCAACGGCAAUUGACAUGUGGUCACUGGGCUGCAUUAUGGCUGAAUUGUUAUCAAAGGAACCUCUGUUUAAUGGGAAAACAGAAGUUGAUCAACUUGACAAGAUUUUCCGUAUCCUUGGUACCCCAAAUGAGACUAUCUGGCCUGGGUUUUCCAAGUUACCUGGAGUGAAGGUCAACUUUGUCAAGCAUCAGUAUAACCUACUGCGUAAGAAAUUUCCAGCAACAUCCUUCACUGGAUCGCCGGUGCUUUCUGAUUCUGGAUUUGAUUUAUUGAACAAACUUCUGACUUAUGACCCUGAGAAGCGGAUUACUGCUGAAGAUGCUCUUAACCAUGACUGGUUUCGUGAAGUUCCUCUUCCAAAGUCUAAAGAUUUUAUGCCUACUUUUCCUGCUCAGCAUGCUCAAGACAGGCGUCUGAGAAGAAUAAUGAAAAGUCCAGAUCCUCUAGAAGAGCAGCGAAGAAAGGAGUUGCAACAAGGGGGUUUAGGGACUGGUGGUUUGUUUGGCUGA